AUUUCUGCAAGUCCUUACUGCUGAGUAUAUGUCCGUAGGGUCGAGGUGUGGAGGUCGUUUUGCCCCUGGCGUGGAGGUCCGACGCGCCUAGUUCCAUUUCUGCAAGUCCUUACUGCUGUGUGCAUGCCACAAGAUGUCGCGACUAUAAUACUCGAGCGCGCCUGAUGCGAAACUCGUGGUUGGCUAUUCAUCUGUGCACAAUCUAGCUUACCUAGUACAGUUGCUAGUGGUUGGUCCACCCUGCUUUACACUCGGCGCGUCGCGUUUCCACCGGUAAAUAGAGUCUCGAAGCGAGCGAACGCUUCGCUCGCCCCUAGGACAGCCAAUCGCGAGUAAUUGCUGGCAGUCACCCCCGGCGAGCGGGCCACCGAACGCGUGUCAACAAUCGAAUGCCGCCGCGCGCGGCAGUCGUGGUUCGUUCAGACACGUCCACUAUGAUCUCUGCAACCUGGCGAGAGUCAGCACAGGAAGCCAGCACGGCAACGUAUGCCAUGUCAUCGAGCUGCUCGCUCCGAGCGUGCCAGAGCUUCACCGUGACAGUGUUCAGUAGUAGCAUCUUGUGGCGCUCGCCGGUGCCGCUCCCGCCUUCUGUUCUUUUGGGUAUAAUGAUCGAGAGAGGUUGUCGCUGAGUGUAGCCCCUCUUCAGCAGUUCUGCUACCAGCACCAGUUGAGUAUCAAACGCCGCAACCCCGACCCGUGCCUACACACCUGGUCGUAGCCGCCGACUAGUCCGACUACCCCUUCUCACACACCUUGGGAGUACUGGAUCUACGUAGUACUAGUGCGAAGUACGGUUUAGUCCUUCUAGUCCAUCUGUCCUGCAGUGGCGGCAUGGCUGUUUCGGGGAUCCCGGCAGCCCUCUUCAGGUCCUGGACCUCUCUUGGCGCAGCGGCGCCAUGGCAGUCGCAAUAUCAUCAUUCAAGCGCUCAAGAAAUUUCUGCCGCCAGUAGCAGCGGUCGAGGUCAGGCGAAUGCCCCCUUCCUCACGGAAAGCCUCACCACCCUUGCCGCAGGAAAUCCAGAACCGGGGGGGAGAACCACAGUAGGAUGGCUACUCGAAAGGUUCCUGCCUCUGGCAGUGAGAAGCACAGUUGGAGGCAUGGGUGAUACCACUCUGACGAGCGCUACUACUACUGGUAGUAGUACUACAAGCGCCGUGAUGGCAGCAGAAGCCGUUGGUGCUUCAAACGGAGCGCUACUAUCGGAGCUCCUGAUUUGCUGCUGCAUCGCCAUCCUCGGCGCGCUAGCUGCGUCUCUCGCGCAGUUCGUUGCCGAAACCUUCCUCUACCACCUCCUCCGGCUCCUAGAGAGCUUCCCCUCCCUCGGCGUGCGCCGGAUCAUCCCCGGGGUGCCCUUCCGCCUCACCCACUUCACCCUCCAGAACUUCCUCGCGGUGUUCGUCUCGCACCUCCCGCUCUUCCUCCUUGUGGGGUUCCACCGCGUGGGGAUCGUUGCGCGCGCGGAGCUAGUGUUCCCCCCGCGCGUGCUGCCCACGUGGGCGCUGGCGUGGGGCGUGAUGGCGGCGCAUGACACGUGGUUCUUCUGGACUCACUCGCUCAUGCACGCGGAUAAGGCGCUGUACCGCGCGCUGCACGCCAUGCACCACCGCACCACCACUGACCUGGGCGUGUUCUCCACCUCUAAUGCUGACCCCUUCGAGUUUCUCCUGGACUGGUCCGCAUUCUACAUGCUCUUCGUGCUCCUCUUGCACUCCCUUCCAUCCUGGCGCCCCUUGGAGCUAGCCCUCGCGCUGAUACCAGUGGGCAUGGUCAACACCAUGGGCCACUGUGCCUACCAUCUCCCCCCCUGGGUCUUUGUGCCGCUCUCCUUCGGAAUCUUGCUCACUCCUGGGGCUCAGCGGCCCACCACGCACUUUCUUCACCACCUGGAUCCUCGUUAUAACCGGUCCCUGUAUUUCACUUGGUGGGACCGGAUGGUGGGGACGUUCAGGGAUGGCGAUAAGGCGUUUGGUGGAAGACUAAGGAUGGAGUACGGGAAGAAAGAGUAGCUAUGAGAGGAGGAAGUGUUCGCGGAAUGGCAUGCCAGAGGCAGUCUCUAUGGAUAGACGUAUCUGGUUAUGCACUUGUACGUGUAUGCACCAUUG